GCGGAAUUUUUCUUUGUAUUGUGUUUACAUUAUUCAAGCGCGGACUUUUUCUUUGUCUUGUGAUUUCUCGGAAAGAGAAGCGAAAGUGUUUAGCACAGCACGUACAGUAUAGGAAGAGAAGCGAAAGUGUUUAGCACUGCACUUUGUAGUACAGUCAGUCAGUACAUACUAUAGUAGUACGAACAACGUACAUAGAUUAGUCAACACGCUAUACUCCAGGAAUAUAGACAACAAAAUGGGGAGUUUCUUAUCCACACAAACAGAGCCCAGCCGAUCAACAGCUUUGGUAAAAUACGACAACGCGAAAGCCAGAGAAGCCGUGCAACAUGUCAAAAGUGAUUUUGUCGAUCCGCGAAGUUUGGUGAACCACCUCGUGCCGGGAGAUAUGAUUCAAAAGAAGGGCAACUUUAUCCCUCAAUGGUUCUACAGCCAUUUCGCGAUCUACAUUGGUAAUGGCGAGAUAGUCCAUGUUAUCACCCCAAGCAAUAAGGAGAACGGAAAGACCGUUAUCUCAAGACAACGCAUGGAGGACGCGUUCAAGGGGGAACUUGUCAGAAAGAAUAAUCACUUGGACAACGCACCAGCGUUUCAUAACAAGAUCCAAGAUCCUCAUAAAAUCGUGAAGGCAGCUCGAGAUAGGGAUGGCGAAUCGUGGGAUUACAACUUCUUAACCCACAACUGCGAGCAUUUUGCAACAUGGUGUCGGUACGGCCGGGAGGUUAGUCUUCAAUCUUGGGCCAUUGGUGACGUGAUAUCUGGUAAAAUUUCCUUAGGCGAGUAUGUGGACCACAGUAUUUACGGCAUAGCGGAGAAACUGACUACGUUUUGGAGCUGGCUCAAACGUAAAACGAUGGGCUUUGUUGAUUCCAUUGGGUAAGUGAAUAAACAUUUGUUGUUUGUAAUCAGGGUCAUAUAGGGAGGGGUUGCUUUUUGAAGUUUUGAAUUCCUUGGAUUACAUUUCCUGGUAUUCGUCUGGUAUUGCCAAGGUAUCCUUGAGUAAAUAACAUCCAGACCUCUCAACUCUCACGCAUUCGGCGUGAGUCUCACGCUCUCACGCCACGUUUAGUAAAUCUCACGCAUAAAAAUUUUGGUAUGUCCGGAAAAUUUUUUGGACCCCUAAAAUGGUACACUGACCGAAAAUUUUUUGGCGAGGGGGGGAAAAAAUUUUUUCGGUACUAGUCAGACACAAUCCCGAAAAGUCGGGCAAAUUUCUUUUCGCCCCCCUAAUUUUUUCCUUCCGGUACGCCCAUGGACCCCCGGACUUUUACAAAGGUGUCAUCCACAUCCCCAAUCUCACUCUUAACUUCUCUGCAAAGUUGAAAGGUCUGAACAUCUUCACUAUAGUAUACAAUUACUUUAUGGUUUCCGUGUUUGGAUGGCCUGAUCCAAACACGCGGGAAUGUUGCGAGAGUUAAGAAAAGCGAGCGACUCGAGCAACAUUCCCAAGUGUUUGGAUCAGUCCAUCCAAACACGGAAACCAUAAAGUAAUUGUUUUAUAAAAUAACAACAACACGGUAGUCUUCCGUGUUUGGAUGGCCUGAUCCAAACACGGCUUUCGACCAAUCAGAAUACGCGUUAUAUACAUGUUAUUUUAUAAUUUCGAUUCACACUAUUCUUUCAAUAAUUGGUGGUGCCAGGGUAGCGAAAGUGGGGGUAGUGAUGCUCCCCCAGACAGCUGUAGAGGGGUCUGAGGCAUAGGUCCGCGGGCAUGCUGCCCAUGAGAAAAUCUUGAAAUCUAGAGUCCCAGCACUUUGGAGUAAGACUACAGAAUUCCAAAGAUUGAAAGUACAUGAAACACAUGAUUUCAUGAUGCAGGUAUAUAAGCCUGGAAGUAGACUUUGAAAAUAAACACUUCACCUUUGUUUUCAUUGAACAUAUGGCAAAAGCCAAGCUCGUUCUACACCAGGUUUUUAAAAAAACUCAGACAUUCUGCAAGUUUCAUGAUACAUCUAUUAACAAUGUGCACCCAUGUUUAUUUCUUUUCGACAUAUUGCACGCACAAAAUGAUCAUCUGUUUUGGAUCAAAAGCAGACUAGCAAUAUUAAUCCGAUUUCAUGUUGGGGGUGGGUGUCACCCCCUAUACCCCCCCCCCCCUAAUGUGUGCACCUGGGGAAGCAAGAUGUGCAUUAAAAUAGGUUGGGCCUCUGAGGUUGGGCAAUCUCGAUCAAGGUCGGGCAAAUUUUUGUCAGCACCUUCCCCCCGUUAUUUUUUCCUCCUGUAUACCUAUGCUCACAUGUCAUGUCUGUGCACCCUAGACCUUUACUCGGCUGUCUCAGCUGGCUUUGGGCAAUUUUGGGUUACCAUUUGGCAAAUAUGACGUAACAGGCAAAAUGAAAGGCAGGAUGCCUUGUAACAAUGCCUUCUAUUUUUCGCUUUUGCCCUUCCUCCACCCCGCCCCCAAAUUGCUAUGUUCCAGUCUUCUAAUGUGAAAAGCAUGCUGAAUAAUAAAAAUUAAUAUUAAAAAUAAAAAUAUAAGGACUAGGUUUAGGCUCAUUUCUGUAUACAUAUGCUUGUAUCCUUAUGUUUCUUUCUGUAUUGGACUGCAUUUAAUCCAGCACUCGAAGGAUGAGUGAACAUUUACUGGGUAUUCUCAAACACUAUGGAUUGAACUUGGAGUGGCAAGUUGUAUAACAACUGCAAUUACAGCACAUUUUAUCCUGUAAUUAUUAUUAUUAUUAUUACUACCAAGUCUUAUUAGAUAUAGACAAUAAUAUGUAUCUAACUUAAAUUAUUAGACAAUUAUUAGAC